GCCCCGAUCCCGGGCCACGGCAUCUUCAUCCCGCGCUGGGAAAUGGCGUCCCCGGACGGUAGCGGCAGCAUGAUCAACCUCCGAGGCACAGUCCAGGAAGUCUUCGAGGCGAUGCGAGGCAUGAGGCCUGGCUUCGAUAUUGACGCGCAGCUCGGCAAGAUCGCCACACCGGCCGUCGGGAGGCGCAACGCCUACAGUAACGCCUUUGACAACAUCAACACGUUGUGCCACCUCUUCCCGGCGGGGAAUCGCUCGGCGGCGCAUGAGGGCAUUGAGGACCUCAAAAAGGUGCAGGGGCGGCCGAAGAAUGGGGCCGGGCCAGGCAAUUGUGGACGGGUGAGCUGUCGGAAGAAUACAGGUAUCUGGUGGUGCAACGACGCCCAGAGCAGUAGGGAGCUCGCGUCCUUCGGGGACAUCGUCGACGGGGCCCAGCGCGUGUUGAAAAAGUGCCAAGACAAGCCGAGCACCGACCAGGGCGACGGGAUGACGGUGAGCGGGCAGGCUUUCCACAUGGAUAAUUGGAACGUCAUCGUCCGCGGGGGGGACAACUGCGAUGAUGCGGGCGUCAAUCUCAGCGGCGGACUGCUGAAGAGGUUUGUCAGGAUCACGGGUGAUUGA